GGCGGGAGGAAGACGUGGAGCGGGUCGGGAACGGCGCUUCCAGUGCUGGAGGAUUUCACGCCGCUUUCGCCUUCUUGCCCCUUUCCUCCCCUCCCCCGCCGGGCGCUCGGAGCUCCUCUGCCCCGCUUUCGGGUCUCCGUAUCUGCCCGUGGGUUCCUUCCCCAGGGAAGCUGUGGCAUCUUCCUGUCGGUUUUGUUCCGCAGCGGAAAUCCCAGCGUUGUUGUUUGGCAGAAUCUCUCUUUAGAUUGCAUAAUUGCUCCAAUUGUCUCCCUCUGACAUUUCCUGUCAUCCUCGGAUUGGGAAGCUCGGAAGGUAGGCAGCGCUGAGAGGAGAAUGGGAAACAAAAGGGAGGAACGUCUGCGCCUUUGAAGGUGGCAGUGCUGUGACAGCGCUGCGCUCCUCCUGGCUGACAGAACCUGCUCUGUGCAGACUGGGAAAUGCCUGUCUGCUUUGUGCUGGGAAAGGCAGAGGAGAGGGAAAAGUGGCACGAGUGCAGAAGGUGGAACAUUGCAGAUCCUCCGUGCUGUGGGGCGAUGUUAUCGAUGAGAGCUGUGUGCAGUUUAUCUCAGCUGUGCUUAUCAGCACGUGUGGUUUGUCUCCUCGUUUUGGUCACUUUAGGAUCUCUCUUAUUGAGCCGUGGUUUGUUCCUGUGUAGCCUUGCUGCGAUGCCAUCUGAGAUGUUACUGGGCACAGCCUUGUGUGGGGAAAUGAGUGAGAAUGGGAGAGGUGAGCAGAGCUGGGAAGGCUGCAGUUGUGGGACAGCACGGUGAUGUUACACUGUGACCAUGGAUGGGCUGGGAUUCAGACCUGCUGCUCUCUGUGAGUAGUGGGGGCGAGGAGAAGCCUUUGAAACAAGGGGAGCAUUUAGGGAUGAGGGAACACCAAGAAGCUCAUUUCCUACCUGCGGUGCCAACAUCUGGUUUGCAGUGAAAGGCUGCAGUGUGGCAGCUGGGCAGGAUGACCUUUUUAUCCCUUGUUUGUCAGAGCAAAAAGUCCAGGUUUAUCCCAGGACUGCUUCUUCUGGAUGCGACCCUUUUACGUGGGAACACAGAGCUGGUAAAGCACGGAGCCUGAGCGCCCUAUGGAAGAGCCAACCCUGGGUCUGCUUGUCAGGGCAGCACGGCUCCAGGUGUGGCUUUUCCCCAUCAUUGGCCAUAUGGGCAUCUGCACGUCGACGGGAGUCAUUCGGGACUUUGCGGGGCCGUAUUUUGUCUCAGAAGACAACAUGGCGUUUGGGAAGCCAGUGAAGUACUGGAAGCUGGAUCCUGGCAAAGUUUACUCCAGCAGCCCCAAUGCGUGGGACACGGCUGUGCACGACGCCUCGGAGGAGUACAAGCACCGAAUGCACAACCUUUGCUGUGAUAACUGCCAUUCUCACGUGGCUCUGGCCUUAAACUUGAUGAGAUACGACAACAGCACCUCCUGGAACAUGGUCAAACUCUGCUUCUUCUCGCUCCUCUAUGGGAAGUACGUAAGCAUAGGGGGAUUUGUGAAGACCUGGCUUCCCUUUGUCCUCUUCCUGGGCGCCAUCCUGACGGUCGUUCUGACGCUUCACCUGCGGUGAUAACAGCUGUGAGCUCCCAUCCCGUGGGCACACGAAGGAGGGAACUGCGAUGCUUGGCUCAGUGAGGCGGGCACAGCAUUGCCCUGGGAAGGCUGCAGUCCCACUCCACUGUCACAGCCCAUCCUCGUUUCCUGGAACUGCCUCCUUACCCUCCUGUUUCUGUUCUGUCUCUGCUGUGUCUCAGUGCCGGGCUCCCGAAGCCUCCUGACUUCUUGAAUUUGGUCCCUCUGCGAUUUGGCAGUUGGGAAAGGAGAGGUGUGGGCACCUUUGCUUUCAGCCCAGGCAGAGCCUCAAGGCAAACCCCGCCUGCUGGUUCAGGAACGCCAGUGGUUUCACCUCCUCCCAUCCCCUCUUCCUUCCUCCUGCUGCACUUCAUCAGAUGCUUCCUUAGAUUUCCAGCCUCCGAGGAGGGGCUGCGUCCCUCUUGCACGACUCUCCCUUAGCACAAGGUUUGGAGAGGAGGUUUGGGGCUCCUGCUGGGGGUGUGCAUUGCCACAGCACGUGCUGCCAGUCCCCAGCAGUGAUAGAAAGGUGUUGGUGGCUCAGCACCCUGAGGAGGAUCGCUCUGUGGCAGAGCAGAUCCAUCUGGUCCUGCUGGUGAGCCCAGAAAAGCAGGAAAGUAGAUGGACCGGCUUGGGUACGGCUCGUAGCAGCCUGCACGCUUUCAGCAGCACGUUGCAGAGCUGGGAGUCUGCUGCCAAAUCCCUUUUAGCUUCUGCCAGAGAAAAUACAGCUUCCCUGCUUCUCCUGGUGCUCUGAGUGCCUGAAGUUGUCACUGCGCUUCUCACGAGCUCCUUCACUUUCCUUUGAGCCUCCAUGCUUUGCAUGUCACCAAAUCCCUGCCUGCAGAGGUGGCAGCGGGUGGGUGCUGCUGGGCCAGAAGGCUUCGUGUAGGGCUGUGAUGGCAUCCAUGCCUCCAGAGCAGCACCUGAGCCCUGAGCUGGAGAUGUAAGGGGAGGCAGAGGGCCUGGCAGGCAGGCUGCUCUUCUUGGGCUUUGCAGCAGCAAGCAGGGCACUGGUUUUCCUCUGGGAGCAGGAGGGCUCUCAGCGGUGCGUUUUGCACAGCAGCUUGGGGUAAAACUUCACAGGACUGGCUUGGGUGUGAGGAAUGCUGUUCUCACGGUGCUGGGAUCUGAUGGCCCUCCUGUGCCCCGGCUCAGGCAGUGCUGGGGGAUGGGAGCGCUGAGCUGAGGGGGUUUGGGUGCGGGAUCUCUGAGGCGCUGGCCUUGUGCUGCUUUCUGUGGGGCCGGCAGCCAGGCUGCUUUCUGCAGGUGUUGCUGGAGGUGAUGUGCCAUCAUCAGAUCCCUCUGAUGGCAGAGGGAGGUUUGCUUUUCCCCACGUGUCUCAUCGGCCAGCUCUGUACUCCACUGUGUGCUGCAUUUCAGUCUCAAGUGCCCGUGGCUCUUCUUGUCUGCACGCCACCCCUGUGUCACCCUGACAUUAAAGCCCUCUCCAGGUCCCUGCUGGCUCCUUCUGUGCCUCCCCCCUGCUUCCCCCUCUUUGCUCCCCAGCUGCACAGGGUCUCCCCUUGGCCGUCUCUGUAUUUCCUCCUCUCCCAUGGUCCUGUUUCAACAUCUCCUCGCUCCCCUCCCUUCUCCAUGCCCCCCAGCUGUCUGUGUCACCUCCUGCUGGCGCUGUGCAGACCUCAGCGCCCACCCCCACGUCCCCCCACCCGGAAUUGAUGCUGUCUCUGUGCUCUGUCACCUCCUGCCCAGUGCAGAGCGGGCUGCAGGGCCGAGAUCUCCAUCGGAGAGAACCUGACGAGGGAAGCGUGGAGCCUUGCUGAGCUGCCCUGCCUGGCUGUGGGCCGAUGUGCCCCAGGUGGAUGGGAGAGAUGAGUGCCAGCGUGCCCCAAUUCUGAAUGGAAGUCUGAGACCCUCCAAGGACGUGCCAGGAGCCGUGGGCUGAAGCCAACCAACCCAUCUGAUGCAGUAGCAAUAACCUAGAGACUCACAGGGCCGCGUCCCCGUGCGUUAGAGAUAAGCUGUACGAGCAUUGCCAAAGCUGAGGAGCUGCUGGGGGAGGCUGGGAUCCCCGCUCUGGGAUCCUUGACAACGUCCAGUGCCAUUCCCAGUGCUUUUGUACCAAAUCUGAGUUUUGAACAGAGACUUUUCUCCUGCAGCAGCAGCAGCAGAGCCCUGCGGUCUGUUGGGCUGAGAUGAAGCAGAGGUCCCACAGAGCUGCCCCAGCCCUCACCGAGCGCACAGAGCCAUCUUUGCCCAUGGAAGGGAAGGGACAGAACGUGGCCUGCAGGCUGGGAUGUGGGCACGGUGCUGGACUCUCACAUUUCCUGCUUUAGCACAUUGCUGGUGUGACAUAAAGCCGUGUGAGUGCAGGCAGACCCACUGCUGUGUCCCCAGGGCUGGGAGGUGACAGAGGGGCAAGCAGACAAGGGCUGUGCAUCCCUCACCGUGCCCCAUCUCCCUGCCUGCUCUUCGCUGCGCCCCCAUCCCUCAGCCACAAAGGUUGGCUCUGUCCCUUUCCUUCCAGUUUUCCUCUCCCCCCCCCCGCUGCAGAGCUCCGUGGCUUUGCUGCCGCUCUUCGGCAGGGACCAUCCCUCCAUCUCCCCUUCCUUUGUUCCCUUGAUCUCUGUGGGGCGCUGGAUUACUUUGUAAAUAUUUAAACUCUGCUUCUGUGGUUUCAUAAUCCUGAUGGUAGGGGAAAUAAACUUCUGUGGAUGUCUC